AUGUCCAACCCCGACUUCACCACCUACUUCAACUCCCCCCUCUUCGCCGACGCCACCAUCUCGUACCAAACCCACACAGGCGACAAGCGUCACCUCCCCGUCCACCGCCUCAUCCUCUCCCUGCACUCGCCCUUUUUCGCCUCCGCUUUCACCCUCCCCUUCCGCGAGUCCUCCGAUCCAGACCAUCUAAUUACUCUCCACGACGAUGACCCCGACGCUUUAGUGUCUGCCAUACGGUGGUGCUACGGACACUCGCUAUACCGGCUAGACGGCGACGAUGAGCUAGAGACGCAGUUGGCGUAUAAGGAUCUCAUAACGAUGAAAUUUACAGCGGAGGAGGAGCGCCAGAUUGCGGGGCUGUUGUUGCAUUUGAUGAGGGUGUAUGUGGUGGCUGAUAAGUAUGACUUGGGCAGGUUGAGGGAGGAGGUGGUGGUGCAUUAUGAGCGGUUGGCGCCUCUUGUUUUACUACAUAAACAGGGCAUGUUUGAGGAGAUGGUGGAAGUGGUUUAUGGGUUAGGGAAGGGGGAUAAAUUGAGGAGACGGUUUAUGGGGGAUGUGGCGGGGGAGGUGGUUCCCGUUGUUGCUGAGACGGACUCUGAAAAGGAGAGGAAUAAAAAGGGAGUGAAGGGGGAAAAGGAAUGGGAAUUGGAAGAGGUGGAAAGAGUGGUGAGGGGGUGUGUCUUCAAGGUCAGGACAGUUGGUCUGGGGAGGGAGUGGAAGAAGGAGUUUAUGAGGGAUAUGAAGAGGGAGGUUAGGAGGGAGGUGAAGAAGAGUCAGGCGCAAUCAUACACCAUGGACAAGCGGUUCUUAUCCUCCGACGAAAAACUCCUCGAGAGCGGUCUUUUCUCGGAUGUUGUCGUCAAGUGCGGCGACAGAACAUGGAACCUCCACAAGAACAUCCUCUGCUCGCGCAGCAUCUGGUUUGAAAAGGCUCUCACCGGCCACUUUGAAGAGGCCAAAACGGGCGUCGUAAACAUUGAGAACUUCGAGCCCGCAGCCAUCGAUAUCCUCAUCCGCUAUAUCUACACCGGAAUUUGCGACAUUCCCGCUCUCUCCCCCAACACCAAGACCAACUUUGUCUCCUGCUUCGAAGUCUACACCGUCGGCGACUACUUUGCCCUCGUCUCCCUCACCAGAAUCGCCCUGGACACCUUGAACGCCGAAUUCGACGCCAAAAUCGCCCCUCUCCAACUCCAUUACAACUCCGGUUCUUCUGCCUCGGACGGCAACGGCGUCUCCCCCGACUGGCUCCCCGAGCUCUUUGAAGCCAUCCGCCUCAUCUACAACGACGUGCCUCUUACCGACAUCUCUCACCCCACGCCCGGCAUCCGCGCCACUUUUCUUUCCUUCAUCCACGCCGCGCGUUUCUACUUUUUGCAAAACGAGCACUUCAACGCCUUCCUCGACCAAGUCCCCUCAUUUACGCUCGAUGUAUUCCGCGCCAUGCGCAACACGGGCGACUUCAUCGCCCACCUCCCCGAUGCACACUGUUCCCUUUGCAAGAGCAAGCCGACUAGGGCCGAGAAGGGUUACUACACCCACUUGGCGACAGAAAAGCUGAAGCUCAAGGCGAGCUGCUCGACGUGCGCGGGCAAGAGGGAUCUUAGUGCCGGAUGGACGGAUUGGAGCGGGAAGUUUUCCAAGGCGACAACGACUACGACGGCGGCGACGGGAACUACGGGAUCAGGAUCGGGAUCGGCGUUGGGUUAG